GUUGGGAAGGGCGGAGUGGUUCAAGAUGCCGUCAGUUAUUGAAAGCGACUACAUUUUAACUUUAAAACAGUUCCCAUAGAAAUCUAGAUGCUUUUGAAACCUAGAAAGUCUCUCAAUGCAGGAUCGCUCCGUGCGCUCUCAAUUGUGACUCACCCUUUCAAGCUGCUGUUCACGGCAUUGCAACAGAAGUUGCUGGCCGAUUGCCCCGUUUAACAUGUCAUUUCUGUGUGACACAGUUUUUUGCCCUUGCAACGGUUGCCUGAAGGAAAAAAAGAGUUUUAAUGCAAGUUCCUGAACAUGAAGAGAUGGUCGAUCGUGAAGUUACGGCUCACAGGCUUUUUGAUCAUCCUAACAUAAUGCCUCUUAUUGACUACGAGAUUGUCGUGAAAGGGGAAAAUAGAGAAGCCAGAAUGUUAUUUCCAUUUUACCAGAAUGGCUCUGUGCAAGAGCUAAUUGAGAAUUCCGCAGCACGUGGUCAAAGAAUACCAGAGAGAAAAAUCCUGCACAUGUUUGAAUCGUUGUGUGAAGCAGUUUCUGCUUUCCAUUCGCUUUGUCCACCCUACGCGCAUCGAGAUAUCAAGCCACACAAUCUGCUGCUAAGAGAAGAUGGAACAGUGUGUUUAAUGGACAUGGGAAGUGUUUCGGAAGCUAGGGUCGAAGUCCGGUCAAGAUCGGAGUCCUUAGCUCUAGAAGAAAAGUGUGCACAGGAAUGUACUGCAGCCUACCGAGCCCCAGAACUGUUUUCCGUGGCUUCUGAAUGUCGAAUCGAUGAAAAAACGGACGUAUGGUCGCUAGGUUGCACAUUAUACGCCAUGGCUUACGUCAAUAGUCCGUGCGAUGGAUCGGCGCUCUCCGCAAUGAGCGGGCGGAUUUCGAUUCCUGAAGACAGCCCGUUCUCAUCGACCUUCAACAAUCUGAUAAAGUACAUCCUUCAAGUCGAACCUCAGAAUCGCCCAACUGUCAAAGAAAUUACCCAGUAUAUAGAAGCUAAUUUUUCCGAAGCAUGAUGCAAUAGUUCUUUGAUAGAUUUAGAUACUUUGAAGUAUCCCUAUGGGAAUAUAACCUCAAGGUUGGGGUAAGUGAUAAAAUGGGUAAUAAAAUAAUAACGAAACAUUUGUUCGAUAACAUACGUAGUUUCAUAUUUUAAAAUUAAUGUAGCUAGUCUGGUCGCCUUUAAACUAUUCCUUUUUUAUAAAAUAGAUGUGUGGUUUGAUUUUAAAUAAACAUUAUUUUUUUAUUAAAAUCCAAAUUAUCUUAUCUUUUUCUUGUUUGGAAACCGUUUAGUCUUGCAAUAAAUAAAGAUAAUCUAGAUUUUACGGAAGCUCGAAAAUCUGCAGAGGCUUAGAUAAGGAAGGAGCUGCCCCGAACCAUGAAUAAUGUUGCGACCAUCUUUCUUUGAAAUUCAUUGUUAUAUCAAAUUUAAAUACACUAUGUUGGAUUCGGAGAAAGGAUGAAAUCUGAAUGAUGUUGAACCAUCCGAGUCAUUGUUUUGACAUAUAUUGGUUCAGAAUGUUGAACACUGACUUCAACAAACACGAAGUUUAUUGCCUGGUAGUAUUAAUAACAUCCUUUAAUAUCUUGUCGAGAUGUUUUCUUUGUAUGCACAAAGAUGGUUUAUAUCCGUAAGGUAUCUGAUGAAAUACACAAGCCUUUUUAAUGCUGGAGAUUUUGCAAUUUUAUUGCCUUUA